AUGGCCCAGCUCUCGUCCAUCCAAAGCACCAAAACCCCCUCAGGCAUAACAACAAUUACCAUAAAUCGCCCUCACCGGCGCAACGCCAUUGACGGUCCCACUGCCCAGAAACUCACGGCUGCUUUCCUAGACUUCGAAGCCGAUGCAUCUCAGAAAGUGUGUGUCUUCCACGGCGCAAACGGUACCUUCUGCGCGGGGUUUGACCUGCAUGAGGUAGCGAAAUACGAACCCCAAGCUCAAAGUCAAGACGGAUCCACUGCAAGUCCGCAAGACAGCGCAAAUGUUGGAGACAAGUACACCGGCCCCAUUAUGUCCCCGCACAACCGCGUUCAAGGCCGCAACACCGGCCCAAUUGGCCCCUCACGCAUGAUAAUCACCAAGCCGGUCAUCGCCGCAGUGGCUGGGCAUGCCGUUGCCGGUGGUCUUGAGCUCUCCCUUCUUGCCGAUAUUCGGGUUGUCGAAGAAGAUGCCACCUUCGGCGUGUUUUGCAGGCGCUUUGGUGUCCCUCUCAUAGACGGAGGGACAGUCCGGCUUCAGGCUAUAGUUGGUCUGGGACGUGCACUCGAUAUGAUCAUUACCGGAAGGCCGGUUGGUGCGACUGAGGCACUGAGUAUGGGGUUGGCGAAUCGGGUCGUGCCUCGGGGGGCUGGGGUGGAAGAGGCGAUGGGAAUUGCGAGACAGAUCGUGGGCUUUCCGCAGGCAUGUUUAAACGCGGAUCGGGCGAGUUGCUAUUAUGCGGCGUUUGAGGCUAAGAGUUUCGAGGAUGCGUUGGCUAACGAAUUUGAGAAGGGAAUUCGGGUUCUGGGGGAUGGGGUGAAGGGGGCGAGGAGAUUCAGGGAUGGGGAAGGGAGACAUGGGAGGUUUGACGAUGGGGGUAAGGGAAUGCUUUGA